UCAUUUUCAAAAUUAAUAUUGAUCGUGGAUUGAUUUGUUUUGGUUAAAAAAUCGGCAAUAAUUAUUAUCGCGCAAGUAUACGACGGGCGUAGUGUAUUAAUAUUAUAAUGUUACUGUAAAAUACACUACAAAGUUCUACGAUGGAGCAAAUAUACGCUUUUGGUGUCGCCUGCAUAGAAGUCAUACAAUACUGGUUGGCGGACUAUGACGGAUUCUUCGAGUUGGUGAACAAGGUGUUUGAUCCGGAGCAUAUGAUAGACAUCUUGUUUCCGCUGAUGACUAUCAUAGACUCCGUGUUUGCUGCCCAACUGUUACUGUGCCUUGCUUUCGGUGGCUGGCUGAACGCUGUAAUGAAAUGGUGGUUCCUAGAAGACAGGCCGUACUGGUGGGUCAGAGAGACCACAUUUUAUCCGUCAUCCAGUAGACCGGUGCUUAGACAGACGUUGCAGACUUGUGAGACUGGCCCGGGCAGUCCCUCGGGACAUACUAGUACGGCAGCCAUGAUCCUUAUACUGGUUCUCAUGUGGCUAUCUCAUGUGAUGUAUGAUCGUAAACAAUGGUGCUUCUGGUGGUGGAAAUCUGUCAUGUAUCCAUUCUGCGGCCUGGCGCUCAUCUCCGUGAUACUGGCGCGCAUCUUCAUCGCCACUCAUUUCCCACACCAGUGUCUUAUAGGAGCACUUGUUGGUGCCUUCGUAGCGCCAGCUCUCUGUAUUUACAUCUCAGACCCCUUCAUAUGGAGGUAUGGGAUCCAUGCGACGUAUGAAACUAGACGAGCGGUAGCGUGGCACAUAUUAGGCGCUGUAACAACAAUUAUAGUAGCUGGACUCACGUAUCUAAGUUUAUUAUGGUGCGGUUUAGACCCACAAUGGACUGUGAAGUUGGCGUUUCGUUGGUGUGAGAAUCCGGAAUCUAUCAGAGUGUCGACGACUCCAUUAUACGCACUAGUACAUGCGACGGGGAGCUUACUUGGAUGGGCGCUCUGUGUUACACCUGCUGUGGCUGAGUACAGACAUUACACAAAAAAUAGGUCUCUAGUAAUAUCGGCUUUUACAACAAUAACUAUGCUAGUAGGUUUCCAACAUAUACAAGAUAAUAUUUGCAAGUCGGACGCCAUGAAAUUUUACGCGUCUCUUUUCGUACUGUCGGCCAUAAAACCCAUGUUGUUAUUAAGAGUAACUCCAGCCACGGCUAUGUGGCCUUUUCAGGGAUCUAAGACUAAAAAAGAUUAAAAAACUGGAUUUUAUUUAUUGGUUUGUCUUUUUGGGGUCAUUUGACCCGAGGGGGGUCAAUAGUUAAUUUUGUUGGGGUCAUAAUCCACUGUUUUAAAUAUAAUAGUUAUUUUCUGUAUAUUGAGGAAAUUGUGUAACUUCAUACCUGUGCCCGUUUUCACCAACUACCCCUAAUUCAUCCCUUAACUAAGAGCUACUUUGCCUUUGCGAGGCGGAGCACCUUAACUUAACCUCUUACUUGUAUUAUUAGGUAUCUCUUAUAGAUUGGCGAACACUAAAAUGUCGUUUAGUAUCACACACACCGUAGGGGUGCUUUAAUAUUUAGGAGAGGUUGGUGAAUACCGGCAUUAGAAUUAUAAUUUAAAUCGCCAAUCCGUCUUCAGCAAACGUGGUGAUUAAUGCUCAUUCCAUCCCUGAAAGAGGCCUUCGGCCAGCAGUGGGAACUAGGCUGUUGAUGAUGAUUCAUUAUUUCAAAUGAUGAUGAUUAAAAUUCAAAAGUGAUGCUGCACUUGCUAUAAUUCUAAGAAGAUAUGCAAUGACACGAAAUUGGGGUCAUAUGACCCCUAGUAGGCAUAUUUUAGACCCCCAAAUUAAAAUGCACAAGUAGUACAAUAGGGUAGAUGAUUAAUUUUAUUUAAAUGUCCAUCUGGUAGAUUAUUUUAAAACAUCAGACACGUAU